AUGGAACAAAAAGCACUGUCCCAGAGAUCUGCUGCGAUUCUGAAGGUCAGCAAAGCAGAAGGUCUUCGUAAAGUCACCAACGUUGAUGUGAGAGUCUGUUUUGUGCAAGAGCAAAUGCUCAAAAAAUUGCCAUACAGGCCUUCCUACCAAUCCAGGGGACUUGUGCAUCAAAACUUAAGCGCAGGAGUCACUCUGUGUGUUGAUCCACCAAGGAAGGAGAACGCGAGCCUUGUUAUGCUGAUUGCGGUAGCAUUUGGUCGUGACAGCGUGACGUUGAGGGAGAAGAUAUGUCAGGUGCAGCCAGUGCAGUGGUUGAUCGUGGAAAUUUGCACGCCUGAGUUGUCUUCUAUAUGCACAGAGUUUGUAGAUGCGUCAGCGUUUUCACAGUUAUUGAAGAUGAUGAUGCAGCGAGACUGA